AUGGAAGACUCACUAUCCCGACAAUAUUCAAACCCAACACAACAUUCCAAUUCUCCUACCUCCAAUUCCGGUAGCUCGCAUGCCCAUAGCAGGUCCAAGGGUAGUCAUGAGGCCCCCUUUGUGCAGCCAUCUUCCUAUCUACGCCCCCAAGGUUACUCGCGACCAACGACCCCCACCCUGCGGGAAAAGAUUGUUGACGAUGAUGAACGACAGGCAUUGCUACAAACACGAGGAAAUUUCCAAUCUCAGCUGGAAGUUGCUCUGCUGGGCUAUAUAUUUUAUAUUUCUGGCUCAGAAAGAAGAGUGCGUGCCAUUCGAGAUUUUUUAAAAGUCCGAACAAGUUAUGACGUGCUGCCGCUCAGUUUUCGACUCAUCGUAUUCGAUACCUCACUAUCAGUGAAAGAGAGUUUGAACAUCCUUAUACAAAAUGAUUAUAUUAAUGUAAUCCAGUAUUACUUCCAACAUCAAGAAGCCUUGGCAAAAAUAGAUCAGUUCCGGUUAAACAGCCUCCGAGAGGUUGAACGAGCACUUGGUGUAGCGCCUCCAGAGACCAUAUCCAUUGGGCCGGAACGCCCACUAUAUGAAGCAUGUCGUAGCAUGCUAUCCUCUAGAGCACGCCGAGUACCGCUGGUUUCAUAUGACAGUCAAACAGAAAGGCCAUUGGUGGUCAGCGUACUUACCCAAUACCGACUCCUUAAAUUUGUCGCAGUAAACGUGGCAGAAACACAAAAGUUGCGGAAACCUCUCAAGGAAAUUAAUCUCGGAACUUAUACCGACAUAGUAACUGCUUCUAUGGACACUCCAGUGAUCGACGUUAUACACAAGCUGGUGGAAAGGAGCAUAUCAAGUGUACCUAUUGUGAACAGUGAAGCGGUGGAUGUCAUCACAUUAAUCAAGGGAGGUGUAUACGAUGACCUCAAUUUGGAGGUAGGGGAAGUGCUGAAAAAACGCUCCCCGGACUUUCCUGGAAUUUAUACUUGUUCCGUCGAGGACGGGCUGGAUACCAUUCUUGACACCAUCCGAAGAUCUAGAGUCCAUCGUUUAGUAGUUGUUGAUGACCACUUCCGUCUCCGAGGAGUCCUUGCAUUAAGUGAUAUCCUUCAUUACCUUCUCCUAGAAGGUGAACAGGACGAGCCAUGA